AUGCCUCCACCCCACAGGUGGGCGUUCCCUUCCCUCCCCUCCGCCUGCUCGUCCCCGGCUCCUACCCGCACUGCUCGCCCCAGCCAUGGCCCUUCCAAGCCCACCCACACGCCAGUGCCUAGUGGUUCCCAGUGGUUUCAAGUAGUCCCCAGUGUUUCCCAGGUGUCUCCAUUCAGUUUGAACAUUGAUCAACACACUUCAUGCCCACCCCUUGUCUUAACACCAUCCGAACCUCGCCCAUCCUCCAUCACUCUAAUCCCACUUCCAACCUUCUCCCCGCCUCGCCCCUUCCCCCUUCCCUAUCACUCGCCAAGAGGAUUAGUAAGAUCCGCCGUGGUUCAAGACGCCAUGGGCCGGUUUACCAGGGCCGUGCGCGCUGCCAAGGGCCCUCUCACGCUCACAGCCAUGGUGAGGGCGUGGAACAAGCAUGCACGGGCGGCAGUCAUGCAUGUGCUUGCGGCAUCUGCUCCCCCGAAUGUGUGCUGGCAUGCUGUGGUUGGCCCGUGGCACGAGUGUGCUGCUGACGUGGCACAUGGCUAG